CCCGGAAAUGAAACCCUUGAAACGCGUUCUGUUCUCCCGUUUCUGUGCGAAUGACUCCAUCUGAACAGGGGCCGCUGGCUCCCCGCUUCAGGAAAGAUGGAGCAGCGUCACGGCAUAAUGAAAGCCUUUCCUAAAGUCAAACGAGCCAGAGUGUCACAGAGAAAGGAUGAACCCCCAGUAAAGAAAAAAACAGAAGAAUUUGAUAUCACAGGAAAGACUUUUGAUGGCAUCACAGUGCACAUCCUCCCUGCUGGAAUAGGAAAUGCCAGAUGCCAGAUCUUUCAAAGACAAAUCCAGCAGAAUGGAGGACAGACCGAGAGUUCACUGUGUCCCAGUGUCACUCAUGUCGUUGUUGAUGACAACAUGGACGGGGACAGGGCGCUGCGCCUACUAAAAGUGGAUUGUAUGCCCCCUAGAGUCCAACUACUGAAAUGCAUGUGGUUGAGCUUGUGCAUCAGUGGAAAACAACUACUGGCUGUUGACGCCUACAGCCUUCUUUUACCCAAGAGAGAAUCUGAAUCACGGAAUGAAGAAGAUCAUCUGAAUGUCGAACCAGCUGAUGAAACUAUUGCAGAGGCAGCGUUGGAUCCGAACAAGCAAGAGAAGACCGCAGGCGUGACAGUUCUGGACACUAAAGAGGAAGUGCGAGGAGAAGAAGACGGCGUCUCACAAAGUGACCUGCAUGCUCUCAUCACUGGCCAGCAGCCCAAAGAGGAGACUCCCGGCCUCAGCCAAGACCCCAGUCCAGACGGUGCUGCUCAAGGGGUGGUCUCAGGAAAGUGGGUCUGUGCCCAGUCCUCUCAAUCCAAAAAAAAUAACUUCAACAAACACAUCACAGACAAACUAGAAGUGCUGGCCAAGGCGUACACACACCAGGGGGACAGGUGGCGGGCGCUGGGUUACUCCAAGGCUGUCAACGCGCUGAAGAGUUACCACAAGCCUAUUACAUCAUAUCAGGAGGCUUGCCAGAUCCCAGGAAUCGGUAAACGCAUGGCCGACAAAAUUGACGAGAUCACGGAGAGCGGCCAUCUGCGGAAGCUCGACCACCUCGGUGAUGCCAUGCCAGUAUUGGAGCUUUUUACUAACAUCUGGGGUGCAGGAACUAAAACUGCACAGCUGUGGUAUCAACAGGGCUUUCGCACUUUAGAGGACAUCCGCACAAAAGCUCACCUGAGUAACACUCAGAAAAUAGGACUCAAGCACUACGAUGACUUUUUAGACCGCAUGCCCAGAGAAGAAGCAGCAGCCAUAGAGAAAGUGCUGAAGGAUGCCACCCAGGCCAUAGAUCCAGGCCUCAUGGCGAUGGCGUGUGGCUCCUAUCGUCGGGGAAAGGCCACAUGUGGAGAUGUUGACAUACUGAUAUCUCAUCCUGAUGGCAAGUCCCACAAGGGGGUUUUCAGCAAAGUUUUACAGAGCCUCCAUGAGAGCGGGUUUUUGAAAGACGACCUGGUGAGCCACGAGGAAAAUGGUGAGCAGAAGAAAUACAUGGGUGUGUGCCGUUUGCCAGGACCCGGCCAACGCCACCGGAGGCUGGACAUCAUCGUAGUGCCCUACAAAGAGUUUGCCUGUGCUCGCAUGUAUUUCACCGGAUCGGCACACUUUAACCGCUCAAUGAGAGCCCUCGCAAAGACAAAGCAAAUGAGCUUAUCGGAGCACUCGUUGAACAAAGAUGUGGUGCGUCGGGGUAACUUGAAGGUGUACGGCGGCACUCCAUUUGCUACACCGACAGAGGAGGACGUUUUUAGCCUCUUGGGGAUACCGUAUAGGCCGCCUCAUGAAAGGGACUGGUGAGCGCUUGCUGCAAUAUUAUGUCGGGUUUUAUCGAUGAAGGAUGACAAUGCAAGGCUCAAUUAUGUGCAAACAGAUGAUUUUACAGAUCUACAGAUUACGAAGGAGCCCUGUUUUACUUGAGUGCUAAUUUUAUUCUACACAUUUAAAGAGUUGGGUUUACUGAAAUGCUUAUUUGAAAAACUUAUUUGAUGUCUUAUAUUUACUUUUAAGUGGUAUGUGUCAAGGUUUUAAGAUGUCCACCUCUAAAACUCCACACUGAAACAAUACAAUGAAUUAUAUUUUACUUUGAGAUCCAGAGAAUCUUUUACCAAAAUUGUUAUUUAGUUGGGAAAACGUCUUCAGGCUCAGGUAGCUGGAUUUGAAUACAGUGUUGGAACAUUGGUGAAAUUUAGAUUGUUGAAUAACAAUGUUAACAUUAAAACUUUGAUUAUGAAAGCUGGAAGCAAAGGUUUCCGGCAAGUAUCUAAAAAAUUGUAUAAACACAAAUAUAUGCAUGAUCAGACUUAAAAAUAGGUAUGUGAUAUUGCAAUUGAGUGCAGUGGGCCUUUUUAAAGACAUUUAAUAUAGACAAUGCCUGAAGCUGUAUACAAAUUAGUAAUGGUAAUAAAACAUAUAAAAGGGUUAUAUCGUAUA